UAAUCUGAAAAAAAAGUUGGAAAUAAUUUCACCUACUAGAGAGUGGUUUCAGUUUCUACGACUGCAGAAAGGAAUAAUUUAAGAGGUGAUGGAGGGUGGAAAAGACAAAGAAGAUGAACAAGAUGGCGUUUCCGUACAUUCCCCUUGCAAAGCUCCGCCGUCCUCCGCCUCUUCUCUUCCUAAGGAGCAACAGGAGGUAGAAUUGGAGUUGAGGCUAUUGGAAGCACUUGAAAUUUAUCCUCCCGUCAAAUUACGAGGCAUGCAUCGCCACUUUGUACUCUAUGGUCUGAUGGAAUUCCUGCAGAAAAGCCUUGACCGGCAAUUUUCUCCAGAUGAGGUUUUGCAAUUGCUUGAUCGUUUCUACAACUUAGAAGUGCUGAAACCAGAUGAUGAAGAGAUUGAUAUCCUAAAUCACGAGGAAGAUUUGCUUGCCACAAAGCUAUUUUGUCAGGAAGAACCCUAAAUCUCUUUUGGGGGA